UUUGUUGGGGCUCAACGAGUUUAGAGUUGUCUGCCCUUUCAUUGAGGAUGAAGAUAAACAAUUAUUUUUACACGUGUUUUGAAUCCAUUUAACGAACUAUAGUCCAUCGUAUGGAUAAUAAGUUAGAAAAUGGAUGAUGCUUGUUCAGGGCAAACAUUUAGCCACGAAGCCCGUACUUUAACAGAGGCAGAAGCUUCAAAGCUACAGAGUGAUAAGAAGAUUGUUUCUGAGUUUAAGCAAAAUAAACUAGAACAAGAAGCACAGAAGAACUGGGAUAUUUUCUACAAAAGAAAUACAACAAAGUUUUUUAAGGAUCGUCACUGGACACUUCGGGAAUUUCAGGAACUUCUGAAUGAUAAUUCAAAAGAUUCGAAGAGAGUACUUCUGGAAGUUGGAUGUGGUGUAGGCAACUUCAUGUUUCCUCUGUUACAAGAAGACAGUAACUUAUUUAUUUAUGCCUGUGAUUUUUCCAAGAGAGCUGUGCAGUUUGUAACGGAACACCCACUGUUUGACAGUACUCGCUGUGUCGUGUUCCUUUGUGAUAUAACUGAAGACGAUUUGUGUGUGAAUGUCCCACCCAGCAGUGUGGAUGUCGUAUCAAUGAUAUUUGUCUUGUCUGCCAUCCACCCUGAUAAAAUGGUCCUAGCUUUGAAGAAUAUUCAUAAGGUUCUGAAAUCAGGCGGGUGUAUUCUGUUACGAGAUUAUGGACUUUACGACUACGCCAUGUUGAGAUUUUCAUCUGGACACAAGCUGGCCGAUAACUUCUAUGUGCGACAAGACGGAACUCGGGCAUACUACUUUUCUUUAGAAACAUUAAGAAUUUUGAUGGAACAAGCUGGAUUUACUGUAACUAAAACCACUUACAUCCAGAGAGAGACUGUGAACAAGAAGGAAGGACUUUGUGUACCACGGAUAUUUGUUCAAGGGACGUUCAGUAAAGUCAGCUAGCCAAGGCGGAAUGUUACGAUGUGAGAUCAGGCUCAAUAACAGAUGAUUAUAAUGAUCUGGAACUAUGCAGUGGUGGGAUGUAGCUCUGUGGUAGAGCGUUCACCUGAGAUGCAAUACAGGCCUCUAAAAAUUGCGAGAAUGAUCGUUUCGAUGCUCGUUGCUCACGCAAAUCUAAUUUUACGUAACCUAUUUUUUGUUGACGCAAAAUUUGGAGCACCAUUUACUUUGAUAUAACAGGUUACGCAAAAAGGAAAUGGGUUACCUAGAUUUAUUUCUGCGUAAUCAAUAAAUGGGUCACGCAGAAUUUCAAUUCUCAUAACUGUAAUAGGUCACAAGAUCGAUCAGGUAAGGUCAGGUCAUAGGGUUUUACGUGCACAUUCAGGACAAGCUGUUGUAGCGCACGCCUGUCGUGGGCACAAGAGCCGGCCUUGGCUGGCUCCUCCGUCCAUGACAGGAAAGGUAGGGGAGGGGAGAGGAGGGACCGCCUGCACUGGCAGGUGCAAGGGAGCACCAGCAGCCCGAUCAAAUCGGUAGCAGGCGGGUGAAGAUCGAUCACCCAUGGACUUUUUAUAGUCCCAACCAUUACAGAUUAAUCAAAGGCCAUGGUAUGUACUGUCUUGUCUAUGGGAAAGUGCAUAAAAAGAUCACUUGCUACUAUUCGGUAGGAGUAUCUUACAUAUAUGUGACAGCAUUAGCUGCAAUGAAUAUCUUCUGUUAGACACCAAAUGGCCAUAGUUGAAAGAUAUGCUGAGGUUUUAUUGAACAUUUCUUUAAUUUCUUGCUUUUUAACUUACUUUGCUUGUAACUGAGUGGAACAGUCUGGAACCAAAAUGUGUGAUGUGCAAUUAGUCCCAAGUAUGUCUUGUAUGCAGUGACCAAUGGCUAUUCAGUAAAUGUUUUAACUUGAAGACAAUUAUGGACAUGGUUCAUUUAUGGACACACUGAACCAGAAUUACAUGAUUCUCCAUCACAAGGUAUCCAGAGAUCCUGUUGAUCAUGGCCUUCCUGGAGUGACGUGGAUCAAGAAAUGCCUGAUGCCCAUGUGCUGGAUGUAGACAGAACAGAUUUUGUAAUGCUGAGCUGAUAUUGAACAGAGUAAUCCCUAUUGUAAAGCCUUUACUUUGUGGUCCUGAGAAUCAUGACACCAGAAAUAUCCUGUCACAUAGCUAGCUCUCAAGAACUGGGAUGUUAGUGGUGCAACAUCCCAUGCGAACAUUGUUAAAGAUGAGAUUUGCAAUGAAAUAAAUAAAAUGAUGUAAGGAACAGAAUAAAAUUAUAAAUACAAA